UCUUUUUUCUAAAUGCGGAUAGAGAGAUGGACACUAUAGGACCAUGCCCAAAGGCUAUCUAUUGUCAUCCCUAUCCUAGAGUGAGAGCAAAAUCAGGGUGCCUAAUGAGCAAUUUUCAAACAUUAGUUUUGGAGAAACCUUGAAAAACCCAAGAAAUAUUUAGAAAACAGCACUCGCCUCAAAACGACGUCGCAUUAAACGGGGAACGCGAAAAGUUUUGUUUAGUUUCGAAGUUUGAUGAUUGCUCAACACAGAAGAAGAAGUGGAAAACAAUGGCAGAAGAGAAAGACUGUAACAACGAAAGCAUAGACCUUUCUACACCAAUGUCGGAAACCCCAAUUAGAGCAGUGGUUUGUCUCAAAAGAAAAGAAGACAUCAAACGUUUCGAGGAAACUGAAGAAUGCUUCAUCUUAGAUUUCGAUGACCCAUCUGAUUCUCUAUCAAAGCUUUCGUUGGAGAAAGAGAUCGACGAUAAUCAUAAUGAUGAUAGCCCUGAUAUCGCUGUUCUUGCUGAAAAGGGUCAGGUGGCUUGUAGAGAUUAUCCACAUGCAAGACAUCUAUGUGUCAAAUUUCCCUUCACUACUACACCUCACGAGAGUUCAUGUGAAAUGUGUUUCUGUUACGUGUGUGACUCAGUUGCUCCUUGUAAGUACUGGACCCGUUCUGAGAAACCACAUUGUGAUUGUAAUGCUGAUAGCUGCUGGAAGAAUGAGAGGGAUAUUUUUAAGUUUUUAGCUGAAGAAGAAGAAUAGGCUCAUUGGUUAUGUACUAACAAAUGUUUAAUGUUACUGGUACCUGUUUGAAUGGUGUGUAGAUGGAAAUGGCACACAAGAAGCCUAGUUAAAAUUUUGAUUUUGGGGUAAAUUCUAAAACUAUUUCUGUCUGUAGUUAAGAAUGUGUCAUGAUAAAUUGCAUUUUGAGUGACUUGGAUGAUCUAUGGCCAUGUGAAAGCAGCAUGUAUAGUCUAGUUUUGAAAUUGGGAUUCAAUGAUUUAGUUUUAAAAUCA